AUGAUGAAGUUUAUAAAAAUGGGAUGUGAUGAAGAUAUUGUUAAGUGUUCGGUGUUUUGGACUAAUUUCGUUUUAGCACUAGUCGGAAUUUCACUGAUAUCGGUCGGAAUAAUUUACAAAGUAAAUUUGGAGGAAUUCCUCGCCGCUUUACCAGAACAUUACGAAGAUCUCACAAUUGUUCCAAUACUUACCGCUCCUCUUGGGACUUCUCUAAUUAUCCUGGCCGUAUUCGGCUGUUACGGUUGUUUGACUGAAAGAAAGAAAAUUGUUGCUGCAUACAUAAUUAUCCUUCUUCUGUUGUUUGUGAUACAAAUAUCCAUUGGAAUCAGUUGUUUCUACAGAAUAGGAAACAAGGCGAUAUUCAGGAGCGAAUUGGAAUCGACAGUUCGAGAAGUAUUUGAGAAUAACAGUUACAUCAACAAGUCGCUCAUCGAUCUCAUUCAACACAGGUUAAAAUGCUGUGGAUUAAACGGACCUAAUUAUUGGACCAAUGGAAUACCGCAGAGUUGUUAUCAAACGAAUAAAGAGGACAUUUUCGAAAAUUCCUGCACUACCGAAUUGUACGAAUAUAUUAAUUACUGUCAAUAUAUGAUGGGAGUUUGCAUUACUGUGUUGUCCUUUGCUCAGGUAAUAGCGUCAGUGGUGUCCUUAUUUUUCGUCCGUUGCCUAAAAAAUUCGGAAGAGUACGCCUCUGUCAGAGAAUUAUCCCUCGAAAAUGGAUUGAUUUAA